UCCUGUCAACCAUCACUCUCUCCCUCUCUAUCACUAUUAACAUUUUUUUUUUUUUAAAUUUUAAUUUUUAUCACAUAUACAUUAUACACACACAACACGAACAUGUAUCUAUAACUCUAAUAAUACACACAAUCACCGAUGGAAUCACCAGCACCACAUGAUAUCUCCGCCAUGGAAACCGACCUUCUCUCCCGUCUGGCAGCAAAUCAUCUCUUUCUGGCUCAAAUCGAACCGUUUCGAGCUACAAUUAUUGCUCUCCGAUCUCGUGACCCUGACUUAGCUCGCUCAAUUCUUCAAACAAUCGUUGCGAAAGGCGGACGUUACGAUACUAUUCGGUUUGGUUAUACUUCUAAUUCUAGUUUUUCUUCUCCUGCUUUAUUGACUUAUAUAUGUGCCAUAGAAUUGCUUCAAUUUAAUGAUCCUAUAUCGCCUGUUUGGAGUUUUGAUUCGAAUACCUUGCGUUUGCGUGCUGAGUUUUUGCUGUAUGUUCAGAUUAUUGUAUCUAGGGUUUUGGAUAGUAAGAAAGGAGUUGAUAAUGUAGGUCAAAGUGAAUUAGGUGAGUUAGGUAGGGAUUAUUUAGGUUCUGUUAACGUGGACGCAAAGAGUACUAGUGAUGUUGAUUUGAAACAGGAGGUUAGUGAAUCGAAAGUGGAUAGUAGCGAGUUUGGUAAAACUGAUGUAGAUUCGAGUGCCAGUGUUAACUGUUGGGAUGUUGAUGAGUGUCUGAGAGUGUUGAAUAAGAUUCUAGAGAUUGGGUUUAAGCGGUUGACGCCAGAUUUGAUUGAAGUGGAGGUUAGAGAGAGUGAAGAAGCGGAGACUUCUGGUGGUAAUGUGGAGAUUGAAGAAGGUGAAAUGAUGUGUUUGAGGAGAGUGAUUUUGAAAAAUGCUGAUAUUUUCAAGGCAUUAUGUGAGAAUAUAGCGAAACAGGUCAAAUGGGUUCAAGAAAAUGAAGAUGGCGGUGGUGGGGAUGAACCAGGUUUGGUUAUUUCGCCAAUAGAUCAAGCAGAAGAUGUGAAAGUUCUUAAAUUGAUACAAAGAUGUGUCCAGAUUGUGCAUUUGGAUGCCAUGAAGGAAUGCUUGAAUGGGGAUGACAAGGAUGGAGCUUUGUCACAUAUCCAGUUUCUUCAUUUUGAUUCUGGGGUGGAGGAAGCUGAUUACCGCAUGAUUUUGCAAGAUCUCCUUAAGAGGAGUUUGUUGGGAAUGGCAUCCUAUGAUGACACUUGGCUUGCCACACGAAGUAAAUUGUUGUCAGUCUAUGAGAAAGCUCUCUCAUCAAACUCCACAAAUCUUGUUAACAUGAUACAGUACAUUCAGGAGGAAUUGCUCUCUGAAGACAUAGAUGCACAUAAAGUAGUGAAUGGAAACCAUGUUCCACCUCCUCUUGCACGGUUUUUGAGAAUUAUCGCACAAACUACACCUGACGACCAAACAUCAUCAUUUAAGUCGGCGAUGUCUGCAUGCAUGAGAGACAUGUAUCAUUAUGCUCGUAUCUCAGGGUUGCAUGUACUUGAGUGUAUCAUGGAUGUUGCUCUUUCUGCUGUCAAGAGGGAACAACUUCAAGAAGCUAGCAAUCUUCUUGCAUUGUACCCCCAACUUCAACCUCUUGUGGCUGUUAUGGGUUGGGAUCUUUUGCCUGGGAAAACAGACUUGAGAAAGAAGUUGAUGCAGCUUUUGUGGACCAGUAAAUCACAAAUUCUCAGGCUGGAAGAAUCUUCUCUCUAUGGUAAUAAAUCAGAUGAGGUGUCUUGUGUUGAACAUCUUUGUGACUUCCUAUGUUACCAGCUUGAUCUGGCUUCUUUUGUUGCAUGUGUCAAUUCUGGACAGUCAUGGAGUUUGAAAUCAUCGUUACUCCUGUCUGGAAAAGGGCAUACAGAGCUUGAGAACGAAAAUUUCAAGUUGGACCCUUUUGUUGAAAAUCUUGUUUUAGAAAGAUUAUCAAUCCAUAGUCCCCUUCGAGUUUUGUUUGAUGUAGUUCCAGACAUAAAAUUUCAAGAUGCUAUUGAGCUAUUUAGCAUGCAACCAAUAACAUCUAAUUUAGCAGCCUGGAAAAGGAUGAAAGAUGUUGAACUCAUGCACAUGCGAUAUGCCAUGGAGUCUGCCGUUCUUGCCCUUGCAGCUAUGGGGGAUAGUAAGAAUAAUGAUUUAAAAUGCUACCAAAUGGCACGAUGUUACUUAAAGGACCUCGGUACUCAUUUGGAGGCUAUCAGCAACAUUCCACGCAAGAUAAUGAUGGUUAACAUAAUAAUCUCACUAUUGCAUAUGGACGAUCUUUCUUGCAACUUAUCAUCAUGUCCACCACCUACCAGAUAUCCUGAUAUCAGCGGGGAUAGUGCUGAUCCCUGCACUAAUGAAGAAGGGAAUACUAUGGUAGUGUCUUUCACUGGGCAGCUACUAAAUAUAUUGAGGCAAAAUCUACCUUCGGCAGUUAGUGAACAGGAUAUUGCAAUUGAUGGAAAUGUACCUACUGAUGGGACACAAGCUUUAGAGUGGAAAAUCUUAAAAGCAAGAUCUUUCAUUGAAGAUUGGGAAUGGCGUUUAUCAAUCCUGCAAAGUCUUCUUCCCUUGUCGGACCGUCAAUGGAAAUGGGAGGAGGCAUCAACUGUGUUGCGUGCAGCUCCAUCUAAGCUGCUGAAUCUUUGCAUGCAGAGGGCAAAAUAUGACAUUGGAGAAGAGGCCGUUAACCGUUUUUCUCUGCCUCCAGAAGAUAAAGCAACUCUUGAACUAGCUGAAUGGGUGGAUGGAGCUUCUAAAAGAGCAUCUGCCACAGAUGCUGUUUCCCGUGCCGCUAAUGAGACUCUUGCUGUCCAAGAGCUGGAUUUUUCCACGAUUCGCUCUCAAUUAGGUCCUUUGGUUGCAACUCUUCUAUGUAUUGAUGUAGCUGCAGCAUCGUCAAGGUCUUCGACUUUGUCCCAGAAACUUUUAGAUCAGGCUCAAGUUAUGUUGUCAGAGAUCUAUCCUGGCCGUGCUCCUAAGAUGGGUGCUACUUAUUGGGAUCAAAUUUAUGAAAUUGGCAUAAUUUCAGUCGCGAAGCGUCUUCUCAAACGUUUACAAGAACUGUUGGAACAGGACAAGAUUCCGGUACUCCAGUCUCUGUUAACGGGGGAUUUAAUAAAUGCUUCAUCAAAGGAUGUCCAGAGACAAGGACACAGGGAGCGUGCUCUUGCUAUGCUUCAUCAAAUGAUUGAAGAUGCUCACAUGGGGAAACGACAGUUUCUUAGUGGUAAACUUCAUAAUCUUGCAAGAGCUAUUGCUGAUGAAGAAAACGAAAGAGAAUAUAUGAAAAGCGAGAGUUUGUAUUCUGAUAAAGAUGCUUUGAAUCAUGAGAAAGCUGGAGUUCUAGGGCUUGGAUUAAGACCCACUAGACAACCAACAUCUGGUGGUGAAAAGUCUAUAGCUUCUACGUCAUAUGAUGUAAAAGAUGCUGAAAAGAGAAUAUACGGCCCAUUGACUUCCAAGGCAACAACAUAUCUUUCCCAAUUUAUCCUCCAUAUUGCAGCUAUUGGCGACAUAGUUGAUGGCACAGAUACUACUCAUGACUUCAAUUAUUUCUCUCUCAUUUAUGAAUGGCCAAAAGAUCUUUUGACCCGUUUGGUGUUUGAUCGGGGUAGCACUGAUGCAGCUGCAAAGGUAGCAGAAAUUAUGUCUGCCGAUUUUGUACAUGAAGUGAUUUCGGCAUGUGUACCACCAAUUUAUCCACCAAGAUCUGGUCAUGGCUGGGCAGACAUUGCUGUAAUUCCUACAUGCCCCAAAAGCAAUUCAGAAUGUAAAGUUCUUUCCCCCUUCUCGAAAGAAGUCAAACCGAGUUCGUAUUGUCCAUCCUCUGCCACACCGGGAGUUCCCUUGUACCCUCUGCAGUUAGAUGUUGUAAAGCAUCUUGUGAAACUCUCACCAGUUAGGGCUGUGUUAGCAUGUGUUUUCGGGAGUUGUAUAUUAUAUGGCGGAACUGACGCCACCAUAUCAAGUUCCUUGAGUGAUGGAUCGGCGCAAAAGCACGAUGCUGAAAGAUUAUUCUAUGAGUUUGCACUUGAUCAAUCAGAAAGGUUUCCAACGUUAAAUCGGUGGAUACAAAUGCAGACGAAUCUUCACCGAGUUUCAGAGGUUGCUGUAACUGAUAAGCAUGUGAUCAAUGAUGGGAGUGAGGCUAAAAUUUCUGUUAAGCGUUUCCGGGAGCAUGAUAGUGAUUCUGAUUUAGAACAUGAUGACCUGGCAGUUGGCCCCACUAUUUCCGUUCUUCCGGACACCACAAAAGAAAGUGGAAUUUGGCCAGACUCACCUAAGUCCGAAGCUGCUGAUAUUGAUACAACAGUCUUCCUUUCUUUUGGAUGGGAGAAUGAAAAACCAUAUGAAAAAGCUGUUGAAAGAUUGAUAGAUGAAGGAAAAUUAAUGGAUGCUCUUGCUCUUUCCGAUCGAUGCUUACGUGAUGGCGCUUCUGAUCAUUUACUUAAGUUACUCAUUGAACGUGAGGAAGAAAAUCAUACUAUCUAUAAUCGUUCAGGUCUCUUGACCUUUAGGAUACCAAGCAAUAGCUGGCAGUAUUGUCUAAGGUUGAAAGAUAAGCAACUUGCAGCAACACUUGCCCUCAAAUAUAUGCAUAGGUGGGAAUUAAAUGCUGCUUUGGAUGUACUCACCAUGUGUCACUGUCACUUGCUGGAAAAUGAUCCUUCUAAGCAUGAGGUUGUUCUUAGGAGACAAGCUUUGAUGCGGUACAGCCACAUAUUAUCUGCAGAUGAGCGUUACAACAGCUGGCAAGAGGUUGAAGCAGACUGCAAAGAAGAUCCGGAGGGUCUGGCCCUCAGGUUAGCUGAAAAGGGAGCCGUUUCUGCUGCUUUAGAGGUUGCUGAAAGUGCAGCAUUACCUAUUGAACUUCGUAGAGAACUUCAGGGCCGUCAACUUGUGAAACUUCUUACAGCCGAUCCCAUUAAUGGAGGUGGGCCUGCUGAAGCUUCAAGGUUUCUUUCUUCUUUGCGUGACUCGCAAGAUGCCCUGCCAGUUGCAAUGGGUGCCAUGCAGCAAUUGCCCACUUUACGGUCCAAACAACUGCUUGUUCAUUUCUUCCUGAAAAGAAGAGACAGCAACUUGAACGAACCCGAGCUUUCCCGCCUAAAUCUAUGGGCCCUAGGUCUUCGUGUAUUGGCUGUUUUGCCUUUGCCAUGGCAGCAAAGAUGCUCUGCAUUACAUGAGCACCCUCAGCUGAUUGUGGAAGUACUGCUGAUGCGUAAACAACUGCAGUCUGCUUCUAUGAUACUUAAAGAAUUCCCUUCUCUAAGAGAUAACAACAAAAUUCUUACGUAUGCUGCCAAAGCAAUUUCCGUUACUAUAAGCCCACCUCGUCGCGAGUCACGGAUACAAGUUUCGGGCCCAAAAACGAAGCAGAAGUCAGGGACUCCUACACGAUCUUCCUUCUCUAAUAGUUUAAGUAACUUGCAAAAGGAGGCUCGUAGGGCAUUUUCUUGGAACCCAAGAAAUAGUGCAGAGAAAACGGCUCCCAAGGAUGUUCAAAGAAAAAGGAAAGGGUCAGGGCUGACACAAACUGAACGGGCUACAUGGGAAGCAAUGGCUGGAAUUCAAGAAGACCGGGUUUCUUCAUACACAAUGGACGGCCAAGAUCGUCUUCCUUCCGUUUCAAUUGCUGAACAGUGGAUGCUCACAGGUGACACUAAUAAGGAUGAUGCGGUUAGAUCUUCCCAUCACUAUGAAAGUGCACCAGAUAUCAUUCUCUUCAAGGAACUGUUGUCUUUGUGUUUGGAUGAGAGUUCAUCAGCAAAAGGUGCUUUGGACUUGUGUGUUAAUCAAAUGAGAUUCGUUUUAAGCUCUAAACAUUUGCCUGAAAAUGCAUCAAUGGAAAUUAUUGGCCGAGCUUAUCAUGCUACAGAGACAUUUGUUCAGGGGCUCCUUUAUGCUAAAUCUCAGCUAAGAAAGCUUUCUGAUAGAAAUGAGUUUUCUGGUUAUUCUGAAAGAAAUAAAGAUGUUGAGGAUACAUCCUCUGAUGCAGGCAGUUCUAGUGUGGGUAGUCAGUCAACAGAUGAGCUAUCUGAAGUCCUAUCACAAGCAGACAUGUGGCUUAGACGGGCAGAACUCUUGCAAAGUCUUUUGGGAUAUGGAAUUGCUGCUUCUCUUGAUGAUAUUGCUGACAAGGAGUCUUCUGCACGGUUACGUGAUCGAUUGAUUCUUGAGGAACGAUAUAGCAUGGCUGUGUAUACUUGCAAGAAGUGCAAGAUCGAUGCAUUUGCUGUAUGGAAUGCGUGGGGGCUUGCUUUAAUUCGGAUGGAGCACUAUGCGCAAGCUCGAGUCAAAUUCAAGCAAGCACUUCAACUGUACAAGGAUGAUCCUGCACCUGUUAUUCAAGAUAUCAUUAAUACAAUCGAAGGAGGUCCACCGGCUGAUGUGUCAUCUGUUCGCUCCAUGUACGAACAUUUGGCUAAAAGUGCACCUGCAAUCCUGGAUGAUUCUCUUUCCGCCGACUCAUAUCUCAAUGUUUUAUACAUGCCAUCUACAUUUCCUCGAUCUGAGAGGUCUAGAAGAUUGCAAGAAGCUUCCAAUGGUAGUUCCAUAAAUAAUUCAGAAUUUGAAGAUGUUCCGCGCAGCAAUCUGGAUAGCAUUAGAUACCUUGAAUGUGUUAACUAUUUACAAGAAUUUACUCGUCAGGAUUUGCUGGAUUUUAUGUUUAAGCACGGUCAUUAUAAGGACGCGUGCAUGCUAUUUUUUCCUGAAAAUGAUGCUCCUCCACCUCAACAGUCAUCACUAGCAGCCAUGUCAUCAUCUACCCCACAAAAAGCCGAUCCACUUUCGACUGACUAUGGAUCAAUUGAUGAUUUAUGUGACCUGUGUGUUGGUUAUGGAGCCAUGCCUGUUUUGGAGGAAGUAAUGGCUUCUAGAAUGUUAUCCACAUCAGCAGAGGAUAUGGCUUGGAAACAGUAUACUGGAGCUGCACUUAACCGCAUUUGUGUCUUUUGUGAAACUCAUAAGCAUUUUAAUUACCUAUACAGAUUCCAGGUAAUAGGAAAAGAUCAUGUGGCUGCUGGUCUGUGCUGUAUUCAGUUAUUUGUGAAUUCAUCUGCAUUGGAUGAAGCUAUAAAACACUUGGAAAAUGCCAAAAUGCAUUUUGGUGAAGCGUUAUCUGCAAGACACAAAAGUGGAGGCUCAACUAAGCUAGUCACCAAGGGUGUUCGUGGUAAAACUGCAUCACAAAAACUCACAGAAGAAGGACUAGUGAAGUUUUCUGCUCGAGUUUCCAUGCAGGUAGAUGUGAUAAAAUCAUUUAAUGAUACAGAUGGGCCUCAAUGGAAAUACUCUCUUUUUGGAAACCCAAAUGAUCCGGAAACUUUUAAGAGGAGGUGUGAGAUUGCAGAAACUCUUGUUGAGAAGAACUUUGACUUGGCUUUCCAAGUGAUUUACGAGUUUAAUCUUUCUGCUGUUGAUAUAUAUGCUGGUGUUGCAUCAUCACUUGCUGAUAGAAAGAAAGGAGGUCAAUUAACUGAAUUUUUCAGAAAUAUCAAGGGAACAAUUGACGAUGAAGAUUGGGACCAGGUUCUGGGAGCAGCUAUCAAUGUAUACGCCAACAAACAUAAGGAACGCCCUGACCGUCUUAUUGACAUGUUAACUAGCAGCCACAGGAAGGUUUUGGCUUGUGUGGUGUGUGGCCGCCUUAAAAGUGCCUUUCAGAUUGCUUCUCGAAGUGGAAGUGUGGCGGAUGUCCAGUAUGUUGCACAUCAGGCAUUGCAUGCAAAUGCACUUCCAGUGCUCGAUAUGUGCAAACAGUGGUUGGCUCAGUAUAUGUAAUUUGUGGCUUCUGGGUCAGAACCAAUUACUCUUCUGCUGCUGUUGAUUUUUUAAACAGCAUCUGAUCAUGUUGUACAUGGCUUAUAUGGAAACUAGUAGAAAACAUCGGCCCAUGAGAGCCUCUUUCAUUAGUUUUGUAAUGUCCAAGGCACAUUUUUAGCAUUUUUGGCGUUCAAGAAGAAAAGCUUUGUUGUACAUCUGAAAUGUCCAAGAUAGAAAAGGUAGAAGAGGUGUAUAUAUCAUCCGGGUUGUUCGUUUGUCUUUUUUUUAACUGUAUAUGUUUUGCUUUCGUUGUUUUAUGCCCUCUUUGAUUUGCUAUGUUAUGUAAUGUAUGUUGUGACAGAUUGUUCAUGAGGAAAGUUUGCUGAUCUAGAUAAAAGGCUGGUCGGCUAGAUGACAAUUUGACUUCUAGUAGUCAAUUUUGUUAAGAUUUUGAAUAAUUUACAUGGUUUUGGUUGCAAAUGGUUUACAAAGAAAAUUGUAUGUG